GUGAUCGACUGGGGACUACGUUCAGUUAUCAACGAAGUACUCCAUGACGAAAUCUUCGGACCAUUCCAUCCAUCCCUUUCACGAAGGGCGGGGAAGGAAGAGGGAAUGAAAUGUUCCCAAUAUCUGAAGAGCCUUUACCGUUCGAUCUCCUAUGAGGAAACCGAUAUUUCCAUGUUGCAUGCGAGGGCUGGAACAUUCAAGUCAUUGGAUCAUGCAAUCAGCGACAAUCUUCAGGCGUCCUUGGUGGACAACAUCUUGAGCGCCCUCAGAGAUGAACGAAUAAUGCCUUUCCUGAAGGCGAUUUUUGGUGACCGUGUCAACGAACUCCCCAUUGAUCUGGAGCCUGUCCGUGCUAUUAUCCAAGCUGCUUACAAUUGGAACGGAGCAGCGAAGACUUUCGUGCCUCCAGCUGACCUUCGUCCAUUUGUCAUUCCCAAUACUGGCCCGUUCGACGAAGAGACCAUGGAUUACUAUGAGAGGCCUGUUAAAUCAUCUGGGACAAAAGCGAUCAUCGGCGCUGGGUCCAUCGGGUUGAAGUUACACAACAGCAAAUAUCCGGGAGGGCGUGUUCUGUGCAAGAUCACGGUCUUGACGCCCCAAAAUUACGGCGACAUUUAGACUCCAUCGAAUCUCUGAGUACAAAGCACCUUAACUUGGAUUAUUACUUGUACUCUGUUAACCCCCUAUUAGAGCACUGGCUUGCUGAAUUCUUAUGUAUCACCACUGUCCACUACUUAUGUUAUGGGAUUCAGACAUUUGGGCGGUUAAUCUGGUUUCUUUUUGUACUUCCAUACCAUACGCCUGCGAUCCGCAUCAUGGUUUCAAUUCCAUCAUUCCCUAUUCCUUGAUAUCUGUUCCUAUUUCAGGAUGACACCACGCCACCAUGCGUCAAUGAAUCCACAAGUUGUGC